AUGUCCAAUUCUGUGGAGUGCUGGGAAUUCUCCGGCCGGAGGUUACCUAAGAAGCCGAGUUUCUCACAAACAUGUACUCGAUUGAGUCGUUACCUGAAAGAGAAGGGUAGCUUCGGAGAUCUGAGCUUGGGGAUGACAUGCAAGCCCGACGUCAACAACGGAGGUUUCGCUGUUUCACGUCAACCAACGAUGAUGAAUCUGUUCCCAUGUGAAGCUUUAGCUUCUCCAGCUGGUCAAGACACUAAACCGAAGAAUACGUUUCCUCGGCAAUCAAGCUUUUCUUCUUCCUCUUCCUCUGGAGCCAAAGAAGAAGCCGAGAAGAUCAAAGAGACUAAAUCUGUGAAGGCAGAGUCUCAAUCUGCUCCAUUGACUAUAUUCUACGGAGGUCAAGUUAUGGUGUUCGAUGAUUUUCCAGCUGAGAAAGCUAAAGAAAUCAUUGACUUGGCUCACAAAGGAAGUGCCAAUAACCAAAACAUAGCCAAGAAGCAAGCAGAGAUUGCUUCUACUUCUACACCAAAUCCUGCACAAGAGACAGUCCAGCCAAACACGUCCUCUUUAGCCUGUGAACUUCCAAUUGCUAGAAGAGCUUCACUUCAUCGAUUCCUCGAGAAGAGAAAGGACAGGAUUACAUCAAAGGCACCGUACCAGAUAGACGGUUCAACCGAAGCGUCUUCCAAGGCUAACGCAACUUGGCUCGGUUCGCAGUGA